UUUCCUAUGGCAAGAACUGUCAAGCAUUCGAUAGUUUGGCACAGUCAGCUGAUGGCAAGAUGCAAUUAGACGCUUCCUGUGAUAUUUCACGAAAUCGAUUGUAAUUUACGUGUUUAACCGUGAAAUUACCCGAGAAUCAUCGACUCGCGAUCUGUUUGCCUUCUACUUCAAAUUUUCGAAGGAAUUUAGGAUCCACAAGACUUUUUAUACUCGUUUAACUGAAGCAAUUCUACCAAAAAACAAAAUGCCUCUAAGUGCAGACAUAUCCACAGCUCUUCAUUUAUUGGAGCACGUUCAAGAAAGGGUGGAGGAUUGCAAUGACCCAAAGCUACAAAUGCACACAACUCAAGAUAUUAAGUCAUUGAUUUCUCUUCUGGAAGAUCCGGUAUUCCGCAGCAUAGUGACGAUUCAAGAUUCGCUGAUCGAACUGAACAGUCAACUGGGACAGCAUCCAUCUAUCAUCCCUGGCGAUUUUGACAUCAAUAUCAGUGGACAAUUGGAACUCUCUGUCCCUAGCACACCAGUGCAACCACUUGGAUCGAAUGUGUAUCAAGAUCUAUAUCAAGAUAGCAGUGAAUUAGAAGAUCAAAGGGUUCCAGUUGUUCCAUUAGUGCACAGCAGCAGCGAGGAUACCAGCGCACAGGUUACAAGUCCAAGUCUUGUAUCUGAGGUUAUGGGAAUGCCUCCAAUUACAACAACAACGUAUGCUAAGGAAUUCAAGAAAGUUAUUGAAGCUGCAGCUAGAGGACGUCAAGUAUUCACCGUGCAGUUGUAUAAACCAGAAGGUACGAGUCUUGGAUUUAGUGUGGUCGGUCUUCGCAGCAAGGACAAAGGAGAGCUGGGUAUCUUCUUGCAGGAGAUACAACCGAAAGGCAUUGCUGGCUGUGAUGGCCGACUGCUAGAGGGAGAUCAGAUAUUGGCGAUAGAUGGACAACCACUAGACUCGAACAUCUCUCAUGAACAGGCAAUCUCAAUCCUUCAGAAGGCACGUGGUCUGGUUGAGUUGGUCGUAGCAAGAAGCGCCCAAGACGUUGGGAGCUCUUUGCCGACGGAUGAGUUGUCCGGAGCAUCGAGUUCGACAGCGGCCGCGGGAGCAGGUGCGUCCAUCAUCGGCGGCGUUGUCGGCGGGACAACGAACCAGGCCGGCUCCGACAAGGAUCAAUCGGUGUCCACGUCGUCCAUCGUCACACCAGCGCCGACCCCCAAGUCCAGCCAGCCGGCGAGCACCGCUUCGGCGGCAACACCGACACCGCCGACCUCGACCCCGGUACCUGGAGGCCUCGUUGUCGAAAGGAGCCCCUCCGCCGUCAGCGACGCCUCCAAGAGUGGCUCUGACAUGGUGCUGAACACGGAAUGGGCACAAGUUGAAGUUAUAGAUCUCAUCAACGAUGGCAGUGGUCUUGGAUUCGGAAUCGUCGGUGGGCGAAGCACUGGUGUCGUCGUCAAGACAAUUCUUCCGGGGGGUGUCGCCGAUCGAGAUAAUCGGCUGCAGAGCGGGGACCAUAUAUUGCAAAUCGGCGAUGUCAAUCUGCGGGGAAUGGGAAGUGAACAGGUUGCGGCAGUCCUGCGACAAUCCGGCACGCACGUGCGCCUCGUUGUCGCCAGACCUGUCGAACCAACCUCGCCAGAUUACCAGGCACUCGGCAGCCACGCUCCGAUCGUACCCACGAAGAUUCUGGGUGACCCCGACGAGUUGGAUCGUCACUUGGUGCACAGCGUGCCGGAGACGUACAACAUUCGCCACGUGCAGCCCGACAACGCGUACGACAACGGUUACAUGUACUCUCAGGAAUCCGACGUCGAGAUGCACGCAAGGCCAGGCCUCAUCAUGGACGUAGUACGCAAUCCAAUGCCAAUUGGAGCGAUGCCAGUGAUACCGACGGUUCCGGUACAGAUUCCGGAGCUUCCGGUCCUCACCAUGGACACCAUUGAUGUUAAUUCACUGCCAGAAAUGGAACGAUUCACCGUCGAGCUUAAGAAGGACAUUUACGGCCUUGGGAUCACCAUCGCUGGAUACGUGUGCGAGAAAGAGGAGCUGUCUGGCAUCUUCGUGAAGAGCAUCAGCGAGGGUAGCGCGGCAGACUUGAGCAACAAGAUCCAAAUAAACGAUAGAAUAGUGGAGGUGGACGGUCAUUCUUUACAGGGUUACUCAAAUCACGAGGCCGUCGAGGUAUUACGCCGCACCGGGCAAACGGUAGUUCUAUGCCUGGAGAGAUAUCUACGUGGACCAAAGUACGACCAGCUUCAACAGGCAAUCGCGGCCAGUGAACUGAGACUACCUCAACCGAGCUCCCCAUCAAUCACCAGUUUGCCAAGCUUCCCAAUUAGCGCGGAUGGAGAGACUACUACUGAGAUAGAACCGGAAGGAGAAUCGCACACGACUGUCGACAGCGCUGUUCUACAAGAGGGUGAACGCGAAAGAGCCUCGGAGGAAUUAGAUGACGCUGCCAAUGUGGAGGCUUUGUUGAGCGACCCAUCCAGCGAGCUUACACCUCAGAUUCGAGCCGCCAUUAAGGCGAAAUGGCAGAAGAUUGUGGGUCCAGACACGGAAAUUGUGGUAGCGCAAUUGAAAAAAUUCGCGGAAGGCAGCGGCCUUGGAAUAAGCUUGGAGGGGACGGUGGAUGUGGAGAAUGGACAGGAAGUCAGACCGCAUCAUUACAUAAGAUCGAUCCUCCCGGAAGGACCGGUGGGACAAAAUGGAACGCUGCGUUCCGGGGAUGAAUUGCUGGAGGUGAACGGAUACCGAUUGCUCGGCAUUAAUCACAUGGAAGUAGUUAGCGUGCUAAAAGAAUUACCGAUACACGUUCGAAUGGUCUGCGGAAGGAACAUCGCCUCGCAGGAUCCCCUCUGUCCUAUCGACACCGCUCAGCAUCAAGCCGCGUUCCAAACGAGAAGCAUCCUUGGCGGAUCUCUGCAAAAUUUACUGCCAACGAUGGACCGUUUGGUGAAGGCCAAGUCCGAUGGCUCGCUGGCAUCGACGACCACCACCGCUACGGUGACGGAUGCAAGCUUGAAUAAGAUGAAGUCGCGAUCUUUGGAACCGUUGACCGGUCUGGCGAUGUGGAGCUCCGAACCGCAGAUCAUCGAACUGGUAAAGGGAGAACGGGGCCUUGGGUUCUCCAUUUUGGAUUAUCAGGAUCCAAUGAACCCCAACGAGACUGUGAUAGUAAUAAGAUCACUGGUACCUGGUGGUGUGGCUCAAGUAGACGGUCAAUUGAUACCAGGCGAUCGUCUGCUGUUCGUCAACGACAUCGCCCUCGAGAACGCGACGCUAGACCAGGCGGUGCAGGCGUUGAAAGGCGCUCCAAAGGGCACCGUGCGCAUCGGUGUGGCCAAGCCAUUGCCCAUCCCAGACAGUAUUGUCCAGCGUGUCCCUAUGAUCGUGAUAGAACCGGCCUCGGAAUGAUUCUACACGCAAAAGGCAAUGCUUAAACGUCCAGAACCGGAACCGUUUACGAAGUUGCGAAGUUCGAUCAAUUUGCCGCAAGUUAACCUGACCAAAGAACGAACGAAACCGAAAUUAAUGAAAAAAAAAAAAAAAAGAAAAAGAAAAACGAAAUAAAAAAUAUUAAAAAAAAAAAUGAAUUGAUGAAAUACUAUAUAUAGUAUUUAUAUAUAGUAUCUAUAUAUAUACAUAUACACACAAUGUGCUCGUCUAAUCGACCAUUUUAAUAAUAACAGUGAUAUUCAUAUCGGAGAGCAAUGACCAAUCACGAUGUAACAUUAUA